GCCUCUGGAGAAACCAGGAAAAGAACGAGCAACCUGAAAUCCCAUCGGAGACGAUACCGCCACCGAACCGCUAGGCGCUCCCGUUAAACCUAGAUCAGAUCGCCCCGCAGGUACGCGUAUUCCCUCAAUUCAUCGUGGCUGCGAAGUCACAGGAGGUGAUUUCUGUGCCAUUGCCGCCGCGCGACCCAAGUCGGGAAUUGUUGAUGCUUCAACUCAAACACGGGGCAAUCACAGCAAGGGAAUCUACUACCAAUCAAGUUUCCAUCUACUUCUUGGGGAUCCCUAUUCCCUACUUUCUGCUUGCUCCAGGACUGCACGGGAACUGGAAUUAACUGACGAUGCAGGAAAACAGCAAGAUGGAGUUGAUCGAUCCCACAAGCUGCUCGAGCAGCAGGGACCAAAGAGCCAUUAACAGGAACAUCAAACGCGGCCAUGACUCGCCGUCCGUGAUCGCGAACGGGAUCACUACAUGCCCAACAAAACGGAGACGCGAGACGUUCGAAGAAGGGUGGCAACGUAGGAUAAAGAGAGAGGUAGAGCUAUGGCUCGCGGAGGCUACUGAUGAGGAGGGAGACUGCCAUGACCUUCCCGACCGAGUCGUUCUCCCUUACCAGGAGAAACCAUUCGGCCAGUUUUUCAUGGGCGACGACGGCGAGCUGGCCCUGUUUGCUGCCGGAGCCGCUCAAAGCGUGCCUGACAGCGUCGUCUCGCCUUCUUUGUUUGAUGGAGAUGUGAUGUUGUUCGCAUGCUCGGGCGUAGCUCUGCCAGAGGAGUCUAGGGCACCGGCGAGAAACCUAACUAGAUUUCUCACGUCGGCACGUCUGGUUAGAGAAUUUAUUGACAAGAGAAACGAAGAUGAUAAGUUGAGGGUUGAAGUGCGCCUUCCUGAUAAUAGAGCUACCGAUGGCUUCUUGGGACUAUAUGACGACCAUAUUGCGAUUGUCACAUCUUUCGACAACCUCAUCAUUAUCGAUCCUAUAGAUCUCGAUCAUCAGUCACCUGACCAGCCUUCUACUACUACUCUUACUGGACAAAUGAUAGCUUUUGGGCGUGCCUUCAACUCGGGAAAAUUGAUGGUACAAGAGCUGACACCGGUUAUUUCUAUUGUCAGUGAUGAUCUUGAUCAACCUCGCGAGGUCCUUUUUCCAGAUUUCAGAGGCUGCAUUUGGAGGGCCACUUACUGAUGCUAAUGGUAACUUUCUUGGGGUGAUCCACCAUCAUGUUCAUGACAUGGAGAAGACAUCGUUUCUACCGCUAACGUUUCUUCGUCUACGCUUAAAGCAUUUUGGGAUACUCACGCAAGAUGACCGAGAUACAACUGAGGAUGCAGGUACCUCAAGCGGGGGAACCAGAAAUAAGAAACGUGGAUAUUCCUUGCCUCCUGGUGUAUCAAGCAUUGUCCCUUCAGGAUUUAUGAGGAAGAUUAACAUGCUAAAAUCUUUGGGCCAUCCCAUGCCACCACCACUUAUGCUUGAAGCAAAUGGGCAAUUGCGUAAUACAUUUGAAGAUGAUUUUGGUGAAGUGUGUGCUUGGGAAGGGUAUGAGUACAGCCUCAUGUGGCGCUCUGCGGGGAACUAUGUCUGGCAAGAACUUCCCAAGAAAGUUUUUAGAAAUUUAUCCCGACGAGCUGUCUCAGUUGUUUCGUUCACUGGGGACAAGAUAUUUUUUGCAUGCACAGGCUUGCUUAUAAGUUGGCAUACUGGCGCCGGCACUGGCACUGGCACGUGUAGGGGCAAACGCACACGCCCUCGCCAAGUCAUUCUCACCUCCGCCAGUUUGGUUAGAACUCGUGACGAUGAAGACAAAAUUGAAAAGAAUUUGAGGAUUGAGGUAUUUCUCCCACCAAAUCAACGCAUGGAUGGAACACUGGAAUUGUACCAUUCGAACUAUAAUAUUGCUAUCAUCAGCGUUGAGAAGCAUUUUAUUUCUGCUCGUCCAGAAAAUAUCUUCUCUAGAUCAGCACAUAAGCUACCUAAAGAAGUAGUAGCUGUAGGACGUGAAGCUGCAGAGGGAUUACUCUUGGCCUCAAUGGGUAAAGUGAUCGACAUGCCUCGUUGGAUGUCUACCGAACUCCACUGCCAAGACCUUAAGAUGUCCACUUGUAAGAUAAAGAAGGUAGGGAUUGGAGGGCCCCUUAUUACUUCUCAUGAUGGUCGUCUUGUUGGCAUGAACUUCUAUGAUGACACACACAGAACUCCUUUCCUGCCACGGAGUAAAAUUGUUGACGUUUUGAAAGGGAUUGAUCUCCCAUCGGAAAGAGGUUUGAACUGUCCAGUCAACAUGAUGGACACCACAACAACAACUGAGAAAAACAGGUGGCCCGUGCCUGAGGCAUAUUGGUAUCAUCCUCUGUUUGAUGAUGAUCUUGAUCCAUUUCGCCCCUAUGUUGGAAGGGUUCUCCAAUAGAUGCUACCGUUCUCCUUGUGCUUAUGUAGCAAGUAUUGCAGACCUUGAAUUAGUUGUAUUUAUUUCCGGUUGACCUAUAUAACGUACCACUGUUACUUUCUGGACUGUACUAUGCAAAGCCAGUAAUAUAUGAACGUGGCGAAGCUUGCCAUUGAGUUUCUUAUGACCGUUGUGCCAUAUGUAUAUCUCGGGGCCAUAUAUCUGGUUUAGAAUCUUAAAAUAA